CCUUCUUGUUCUUCUUUCUCUGAGAAUCUCUUCACUUUCUGUAAAUGCAACUCCAAAGCCUCAAGAAAAAUGUCGUCCGUACAGUCGCCGCCAACAAAAGAGCGGCGGAGCAGAGCUGCUUAUCGCUUCUCGAAGCCUGCGACGCUCGUUGCAAAUUCGUUCAACUCCAAGCGCACAUUCUCAAACUAGGUCUGCGAAACAACCCGCUGGUUCUCACUAAGUUCGCCGCCAUAUCUUCCGAGCUUAACGCCGUCGACUAUGCUUCCUCGUUCGUGUUCUCUCCCGACGCCGAUUCCCGUCUCUACGAUGCCUUCCUCUUCAACACCGUCAUCAGAGCCUACGCCCAAACCGGGGACUUAAAGGAGAAAGCUUUGGUUUUGUACAACGCCAUGCUUCGUUGCGGGGUUUUGCCUAAUAAAUUCACGUACCCUUUUGCUCUCAAAGCCUGUGCGGGCCUUGGGAGCUUGAGUUUAGGCCAGACGGUGCAUGGUUCGGCGGUGAAGUUUGGUUUUGACGACGAUGUUCACGUUCAGAAUACCAUGAUUCACAUGUACUGUUGUUGUGGAAGUGGGGUUAAGUAUGCACGGAAAAUGUUUGAUGAAAUGCCGAAGCGGGACUCGGUUUCUUGGAGUGCGAUGAUUGGCGGGUAUGUGCGGCUGGGAUUGUCCACUGACGCGGUUGACUUGUUUAGGAGGAUGCAGAUUGCCGGGGUUCAUCCGGAUGAGAUCACAAUGGUGUCUGUUCUCUCGGCGUGUACGGAUUUGGGCGCACUUGAGCUUGGGAAGUGGGUGGAGUCUUACAUUGAGAGAGAAGGGAUUCAGAAGAAUGUGGAGCUUUGUAAUGCUCUCAUUGACAUGUUUGCUAAGUGCGGUGAUGUUGAUAAGGCCUUGAAAUUGUUCAGAAACAUGAGUGGAAAAACGAUUGUUUCCUGGACUUCUGUUAUUGUUGGCCUGGCAAUGCACGGCCGGGGUUCCGAGGCAGUUUCUUUGUUCGAGGAAAUGAUAAGAAAUGGAACAGUUCCUGAUAAUGUGGCCUUCAUUGGGCUGCUUUCUGCAUGCAGUCAUUCAGGAUUAGUUGAUAAAGGAAAAGGGUAUUUCAGUUUAAUGACAAAAGAGUAUCAAAUUGUUCCAAAGAUGGAACACUAUGGAUGUAUGGCGGAUAUGUUAUGCAGGGCAGGGCUUGUCAAUGAAGCAGUGGCAUUUGUUCAAAAAAUGCCUGUCGAGCCAAACCCAGUAAUCCUGCGGACAUUGGUCAGCGCUUGUCGUGCUCAUGGUAAACUCAGGCUGGGAGAGACCAUCAGCAAAAGCCUAAUUUCGAAUGAGCCUACACAUGAGUCGAACUAUGUACUACUUUCCAAUAUUUAUGCGAAAAUGUCUCGCUGGGAGAACAAAACCAAGAUCAGAAAAAUGAUGGGCAAGAAAGGGAUGAAAAAGACCCCCGGGAGCACCAUGAUUGAGCUAGACAAUGAGAUUUAUGAAUUCGUGGCUGGCGAUAAAUCACAUAAACAAUACAAGGAAAUUUAUGACAUGGUGGACGAGAUGGGGAGGGAGAUGAAGAGAGCUGGUUAUGUUCCUAGCACUUCAGAGGUGUUGCUAGAUAUUGAUGAAGAAGACAAGGAAGAUGCUUUGAACCGGCAUAGCGAAAAGCUGGCGAUUGCUUUUGCUCUCCUGAACACACCACCGGGAACUCCCAUUCGAAUAGUGAAGAACCUGAGAGUUUGUAGCGAUUGCCAUUCUGCUACUAAGUUCAUUUCAAAGAUUUAUAAUAGAGAAAUUGUGGUGAGGGACAGAAACAGGUUUCACCAUUUCAUGGACGGCCUCUGCUCAUGUAAAGAUUUUUGGUGACAAACUAUUUGCCAUUUUUCCGUAGAUGACAAAUUUCCAAUAAAUCAGAUGAACAGUCCAGUCAGAAACUUCAAACA